CUCACAUUUAUGAUUAAAUAAAUUAAAGGUCUUUUACAAAAAUGUAACAUACUAAGUAUGGUGACUAUACUAAUAAAUAAUAACUUUAGUUAUACUCUGUAGGUAUUUAUGCAGGGGAGGAUCUAUGUACGGGCUAUGGUAGACUGAAGCCCAAGACAACUUAGAAAAUGUUCAAUUUUUUUAGUGUAAAAUUUUUCAUUUUUCAUAUUUAGCCAACUCCGCUAGUAUUCAGCCUAGUAUAAAUCCUAUUCAGCCUAGGGCAUGUCAGAUUCCUAGAUCCGCCUCUGUAUUUAUGUCCAAUUUUUACAUUUAACUGAUCAUGGUAUUACACUCAUAAUAAUUUAGGUAAUAUUUUUAUAAUAGUAAUAAUUAAUAAUUAAUAAUUAAUAAUAAUAAUAAUAAUAAUAAUAAUAAUAAUAAUAAUAAUUACUAUAUAGUAGUAGAAGUACUUCAUGAUAGGGUUGUUUGGGCUGUGGAGUGACUGAGUGAGGGUCCACCAAUCCACCAUGGGGUUUCGAAAGAAACCCACAUAGAUACUCAUGUUGAAAACCAGUCAUACUUGAAGAUUUUUAUUGUUAUUAUUCAGCAUAAAUAUUACAUAAUGAAAAGAAAUGAUGUCUCAGUCACCAUUCCCCUGCCUUGUAUUUUUCAUCACCAUUAUUGGCAAAACAAAAUGCCAACUAUUUUGGACCUUACCACUUCAUCAGGAGACACUAAAUCAAACACACAGCACUGCCACCAACCUGUCCAACACAUACACUCUGAGUGAAACUCUUUGUUCCCCCAUUCUUUUCAAGUAACAAAAAAACAAAGCCAGUUAGUCUUGGUGGGUUCCAGAUUCAUUAUGCUUCCUACCCACUCGACUUCAGGAUUAUUAACACGAACAAAAAUGUGGUAUUAUGAAUAACAGAAACCACCCCCAAGCUUACACUCAGAAGUCAGAACUAAAGAAACAGUUAAGAUAAUCAAUCACAGUUGCAGAAUGAGAAGUGAGGAUGCUGCAUGCAGUGAAGAUCAGUUACUUGGUCCAGGGGAGUGGUUGAGUUUGAGCUUGGGAAGAAAAGCCACUUCAGAACCAGAGUUGGUGACAGCCAGACCCAUGGUCUCUGUGAAGCUGUUCUCAUGCAACUACUGCAGGAGAAAAUUUUACAGCUCCCAGGCAUUAGGUGGCCACCAGAAUGCUCACAAAAGAGAAAGAAUGGCUUUGGUCCCUCCCUCACCUACUAUGCAUAAACAAACUAGAGAUGACUGCAAGGCUGCAGCAAGGUUUAGACAGCCUGGUUAUGCUCAGUUCAGAAUGGCAUGGCAGUCCAACCCGAAGGAGGGGGAAGAAGAGGAGGAGGAGGGAGGCUUGAAAUGGUCUGGAAGUUUUCAACUUAGUCCUCAAGAAUCAGAAGAGCUUGACUUGAACCUUAAGCUCUAAUUGUUGUAGAAUAUCAAUCCGCAAUUUCACUGCAAUUGACGAAGUUGGAGGCUGUGCAGUGGCAGAUGGUGCCUGGUGAUCAGUGGUGGUUUUAUGGUGACUUUUUCCGGCGUUAGCUUUCCGGUGACUUUUUCCAACAACUUUUCUGUUUGGCAAUUUUCUGGGAAAUUUCCUGGUGAUGGUGGCGUUCAUCUGGCGUCAGCUGUGGUGGCAGUCAAUAAAGUUGAUGACCAUAUAGUAAUCAAUUGUGGAUAAUAAUUUUAGAAUGAGAGUAUUUUAGUCACAUCAUCAUGUAUUUAAAAGUCCUAGCCUGCAAGUUUUUAUAAUUAUCCAGUUAUGUUUUAGUUCUAUGUAGUUAAAUUAUCUUUUUUCUUCAAUGCCACCUUUCCUUUCAAAUUAUCACUUCCCUA